AUGAUCCCUCACCGAGAUCUCAUGCCAUGCGGUGUUGGCGUACCCACCCUUGCCACGGCGCAGCACUCGCACAUCCGCCAGGAAGCAGACUAUAUACAUGAACGGAUCAAUGCCGCAACGGCGCUUCACAGAAAGCUGUCGUCCGAGAUCCGCAGGGUUGAAAGGAGGCUCGACAAGGCUCGACAAGAUAACUGGUCAGACGAGCCUAACACCGCCGUCUCGAUUACCUCGCUCAAGAAAGGCAUCCGCAAGCAACGGUCACGUCUCAACCGGUGCGCAAGGAACUUGGCAGCGUUCGAGGAUCGUCUGGCGGCUAUAACCGUGCAGAUGCAAGCCCUCCGGCAACGCCAGUGGCGACACACCGCUCCACAACUCUACGGCCCUGAGAAUGCCUACCCUGAACGUCUCGCCAGCGCUCCACGCAGGCAUGACUGGUCGGCAUCGACACCGUUACACAUACUACAACCGCCAACUCCAGCGUUAGGUGCGGGUCCUUUGGAGACGCAGAUGCAGGUGCAGAUGCAAAGCCAGCACCAUCCAGUCGUCGGUUACCUCCCGCGGACCCCGGUCCUACGACCUGUGCAAGUCUCAAGACUAAUUGAGACGGAGGUAUUCCAGCAGAGCGCUGGUCCAAUGCAUGUCUUUGAAGGCGUGGAGGUCAGCCCGACAGAUACUGUCUCUCCGUACGAUUUGAGCCCUCCGCGAGGAUUUCCGGCUGCUCAGCGUAUCGAUCUCGCGGACGCUGUCAGCAACCCGCGCAUUUCUCAAGCUCGGGAACCAGACCAGGCGCCCAAAUUGGGAGUCGAUCUAUCACAGCGCUUGAGGCUGCUGGGUCAUGAGAGUGCCGCGCUCAGACUCCAGGGGCUGGCCAGAAAGGGGAGAAAUUGA